AUGCCUCUGGGAUCGUCGGAAGUGAUGCUGGUCUGCCAGAGACCGCCAUUAAUCUCACCGCAAACGAAAUCGUUGUUUGUGCGUGCACAGUCACUCGACUUCACUCGGAUCUUGCCAAGCCCCACGAGCCUCAAUUCUCACGUCAGGGAGCUGAAGUCGACUUCAACUUCCACCCGCUCACUGGAAUGGAAACACGCCCUCCACUGCGAUCAGCCUUCCAAGCUGCCCAUGUCGGCCUUCGGCUCUUCAAGACAUCUACCAGAGGCGGAGGUCUCCUGGUACUCGCCUGAAAGGCGAUGGGGAUACAUGUGUUCAACAGACAUCACUUCAAAUGACGCUCCCCGAGACAUAAGGACUCAAGCUACCUGUAUGGAUAUGGUGCUUGAUCAAAUGAAAGGCGCAUACUCACUUCUCGAUGCGCGGCGCGCUAGACAGCGGCGGUUAGGUAUGGUAAUGUAUAACCAACUUUUUUGCUCUGCCACAUUCUGACAACUUACGCUCUCUCUUUCGCCCACAUCGAUCACCGAAAGUCCUCGCGCAGCCUGCCGUCGCUUCCACCACCCGCUCAAGCCAUCCGUCCACCAUG